ACCGGUGCGGCAGUAUCGCGUGCACUCAUGAGAUCUUCCUCUCCACUCAUGCGUGGAUUUCCUCCUCAUUUCCACGCGCACACACACGGACCACUGACGAUCAUGCCGUGACGCGUCCCGCGUGUCCGUGAAGCUGGAUGUGAUGAUGAUGAUGAUGGUUGUGAUGAUGAUGGUGUGGUUACCGGGGAUCGUGAUCAGACUGACGCUGCUGAUGUUUGUCGCGGGUUCGAGCGGAAUGCCGCACGUGCUGAGAUUCGGUGGGAUUUUCGAGUCGAUCGAGAGCGGACCCUCAGGACCAGAAGAACUCGCCUUUAAAUUUGCACUAAACACCAUCAACAGGAACCGAACACUUCUGCCCAACACCACACUAACGUAUGACAUCCAGAGAAUCAACGUUUUUGACAGUUUUGAGGCUUCCAGGAAAGCCUGUGAGCAGCUCUCUCUGGGCGUGGCAGCAAUCUUUGGCCCCUCCCACAGCUCAUCAGCCAAUGCGGUUCAGUCCAUAUCUAACGCUCUGGGCGUCCCUCACAUUCAGACGCGAUGGAAGCAUCAGGUGUCCGAUAACAGAGACUCAUAUUAUGUCAGUCUGUAUCCAGAUUUCUCAUCUCUGAGUCGGGCCAUACUGGACCUCGUCCAUUUCUUCAGAUGGAGGACGGUCACUGUGGUCUAUGACGACAGCACUGGUCUCAUCCGUCUACAGGAGCUCAUUAAAGCUCCAUCCCGAUAUAACAUCCGGCUGAAAAUCCGACAGCUCGCUUCAGACACCAAGGAUGCCAAACCGCUACUGAAAGACAUGAAGAAGGCCAAAGAGUUUCAUGUUAUAUUUGACUGUAGUCAUGAGAUGGCCGCUUGGAUCCUCAAACAGGCUCUUUCUAUGGGAAUGGUGACAGAAUAUUAUCAUUACAUCUUUACUACACUGGAUCUGUUUGCGCUGGAUAUGGAGCCGUAUCGGUUCAGUGGAGUAAAUAUGACUGGAUUCAGGAUCUUGAACACAGAGAGUCAGCAGGUGUCAUCCAUCAUUGAGAAAUGGUCAAUGGAACGACUGCAGGCGCCACCCAAACCUGACUCAGGUCUACUGGACGGCUUCAUGACGACGGACGCCGCUCUCAUGUAUGAUGCUGUUCAUGUUGUCGCUGUGGCCGUUCAGCAGUCACCUCAAAUCACUGUGAGCUCACUGCAGUGUAACAGACACAAACCCUGGCGAUUCGGAGGAAGAUUCAUCAGCCUUAUUAAAGAGGCUUCCUGGGACGGACUGACAGGUCGAAUUCUCUUCAACAAAACUAACGGCCUGAGAACAGACUUUGAUCUGGAUGUCAUCAGUCUUAAAGAGAAUGGACUGGAAAAGAUAGGCACAUGGGAUCCUCCUCGCGGACUCAACAUGACAGAAAACCACAAGAGUAAAAUGACCAACAUCACUGACUCACUGUCCAACAAAUCACUGCGUGUGUCCACUAUAUUGGAGGAACCGUAUGUUAUGUUCAAAAAAUCUGACAAACCUCUCUAUGGCAAUGACCGGUUCGAAGGUUUCUGUGUGGACCUGCUUCGGGAACUUUCAGGAAUCCUGGGCUUCCGUUACGAGAUCCGAUUGGUGGAGGACGGAAAAUACGGAGCGUUCGAGGAGAGCACGGGCCAGUGGAACGGCAUGGUCCGUGAGCUGAUGGAUCAUAAAGCAGACCUGGCCGUGGCACCGCUGACCAUCACAUACGUCCGUGAGAAGGUGAUCGAUUUCUCCAAACCCUUCAUGACUCUGGGCAUCAGUAUCCUGUACCGUAAACCCAACGGCACGAACCCCGGCGUCUUCUCUUUCCUCAAUCCUCUCUCACCUGAUAUCUGGAUGUAUAUACUACUGGCCUGCUUGGGUGUCAGCUGUGUGCUGUUUGUCAUAGCCAGGUUCAGUCCAUAUGAGUGGUACAAUCCUCAUCCAUGUAAUCCCGACUCAGAUGUGGUGGAGAAUAACUUUACACUGCUCAACAGUUUCUGGUUUGGUGUUGGAGCUCUCAUGAGACAGGGUUCUGAGCUCAUGCCUAAAGCUCUGUCUACGAGGAUCGUGGGAGGAAUCUGGUGGUUUUUUACCCUCAUUAUUAUUUCAUCCUACACUGCAAAUCUGGCCGCUUUCUUGACCGUGGAGCGAAUGGAGUCGCCCAUCGACUCUGCAGAUGAUCUGGCCAAACAAACCAAGAUUCUGUACGGCGUGGUGGAGGACGGUGCCACCAUGACUUUCUUUAAGAAAACCAAAAUCUCCACGUAUGAUAAGAUGUGGGAGUUCAUGAAUAGCCGUCGACAGUCGGUGAUAGUAAAAAGCGUUGAGGAAGGAAUCCAUCGGGUUCUUACAUCAGAUUAUGCAUUCCUGAUGGAGUCCACGGCCAUCGAGUUUGUCACCCAGCGUAACUGUAACCUCACCCAGGUCGGAGGACUCAUCGACUCCAAAGCUUACGGAGUCGGGACGCCAAUGGGUUCUCCGUACAGAGACAAGAUCACCAUUGCCAUCCUGCAGUUACAGGAGGAGGGUAAACUUCACAUGAUGAAGGAAAAGUGGUGGAGAGGGAACGGAUGUCCGGAGGAGGACAGUAAGGAGGCGAGCGCGCUCGGCGUACAGAACAUCGGUGGGAUCUUCAUCGUUCUGGCCGCAGGAUUGGUGCUGUCCGUGUUUGUGGCCGUCGGGGAAGUGCUGUACAAAUCCAAACAGAACGCUGAGAUAGAGAAGCGAUCGUUCUGCAGUGCGAUGGUCGAAGAGCUCAGGGUGUCUCUGAAAUGCCAGCGGCGACGGAAACAGAAAGCUCAGCCGCCGGCCAUCGUAAAAACAGAGGAAGUUAUUAACAUGCAUACCUUUAAUGACAGGAGGCUCCCAGGGAAAGAGACCAUGGCGUGAACGGCCACCGGGUGGCGCCAGAGAGGCCUGGAUAUAUCCCAUAAUGCCUCUUAAAUCCUGCACUCCUGUAACUGUCGUCCGACUGACGGACGCGAAAAUGUUUCCUGUGGAAAUCCGGAUACCUGAGCACUUCAGAACACAAACAUUAAACUGACACGAGUUUACUGAAUCCCAAACCACAGAGACACACACACAGCUGAGACUGAAAUGUCUGUGUUUCUGUAUCUGACUGGAUGUUCAGCAUAAAAGAAUUCAUUUGGCAUUGCUUAUUUUUGUUUUCUAAGUGGAUGACAUAAAGUAAAUGUUUGAAAUGUGGUUACUGGAUCUGAUACCCAAAUAUCAGCAGGUUCAUUCAGAGACAUGAACACAUGCUGGUUUAGAGUUCCUGUCAAACCCGUCUGCUGCAGGCUUAUCACGCGACUGAACGCUUUACCAGCAGCCUGUUUUUUCAUUCAUUUCUUUAUUAUGAAGUUAAGGAAUUGUUUAUUAAAGAGCUAUGAGCUGUGAACUGAUACAAUCUUACAUGAACCACAACAUUAAACUUUGAUUUGAAGAAAAAGUAUUUGAAAAUCAAAGAUAAAGUACAAGACUGCGACUGUCUUUAUAAGACAAAGAUUUACAUGGCACCAAUCAUUUGAAUGACAUUGAAUCAAAUACAGCACAAUAUUAAACUGUUUAAUUAAAAUAAUUGAUUAUAAACUUAAAACAUUACCCUUUAAAAUAGAGAAGAUAAAUGGGAUUUUAUUGAAUUAUAAAUGUGGAAACAGUUCAAACAAACACAUGAUCUGGUUUCUGGUAUAGCAGUUGAUAAACACAACUUUCAUACACCUGUAUUACUUUUACAUAAUAAAUCAUCAAAGAAAUGAUUGCUUAAGUUACAUAAAAAUAGAUGAUAUUUGAGCGGUGAGUUAUUGACUUUUACACACAGCCGU